UUUAGACAAAAUUACACAGAUGGUCCCUGUGGUUGGCACGAGAGACCAAAGAUAGUCCUUAUGAGGAAUUUUGGACGAGUAUGGUCCCUGUGGUUCCAAAUUGUUGCACGAAUAGUCCUUAUGACAUACUCCGUUUAAUUGUUGCCGUUUAUCUAAAUCACGUGACCCUCACACGAGGGUAUUUUCGUCAUUUGCUUUGUUACACGAAAUGAUCAUAUACAUAAAUGAUCCUUACAUCCAGCUGCUAUUUACGUUGCCCCAAGAAAUCGUCCCUUUCUUUUCUCCUCUGGUUUAUCAUCUUCGUCACUGCAAAACAUCAAACGGAAACUAGGGUUUUCAUCUUCAUCAUUUGCGAUGGUUCUAACUUUGUGGCAUGUCCGUUCAAAAUUCUCAGAAAAUCCUGACCUGAUCAAAGCUUAUGUUGAGUUAAGUAGUUUUUGCACAUUCAAGAUUCACCAUGGGGGUAUGUUCACAAAAUACCCAGGAAGACGUUACGUUGGUGGGAGUAUUGACUAUGUUGACUACGUAGACAUGGACGUGUUCUCCGUACAUGAGUUAGACGAUAUGAUGAAGGAGAUAGGUUAUAUCAACGGUGAGCCUAUCUACUACCACUUCUUGAUUCCAGAGAUUGAAAUCGAUUAUGGGUUACUUCCUUUAGGUAAUGACUCAGACGUACUUUUGUUAAGUAAGCAUGUCGCUAAUCAUAAAGAGAUUAUGGUGUAUACUGAACAUGGAACUACUAGACUCCAUACAUACUUUAUGUCUCCAAAUAAGGUCGUAUUGGAAGAAAUCAAUGAGCCUAUUUCUCCGGAACUCAAUCGAAAAAAGUUUACAAGUACAGAGGUAGGAUCAUGUAGUAGAAAAUUGGACUUGAAUGAGAACUAUGACUUUUCUAGGUCUGUUGUACCUUUUGGACAUUUUGAUAGAGAUGUAUUGAAAGAUGUUGGAGUUCAGCCUGCAAGUGAGGAGCUUAACAAAGCCCAAGAUGUUGGACCUUCAGAAGACUUUGAUCCUUUCUUUUAUAUGUAUCAUAAUGAUUACCAACAGAUGGGGGACGAUGAUUACCAACAGAUGGGGGACAAUGAAGAAAUUGGAGAUGCUAUUAGUGAUGAGACUAGUACCAAUGGAAGUAUAAGCGAGGAUAGUGACUUUUUAGUGGAUGAACUUAAUAUGGUGGAGGAUGUCGAACUGAAUAUGAAAGACUUCCACAGUGGUGUUUAUUCUUUUCCAAAUCUAGAUAACCACCAAUCAUUCAAUGCACCUGAUGUCACAGUUGAUGACGAUUUGGAGGUGAUAGAUACACAGUUGUUUGAAUCAGCUGGUGUAGAAGAAGAUGAGAGGAAGAAGUUAAUGAGAAGGUUAAACAAACCAACCACGUGUUCAUCAGGAGUAGUACAUGAAACUGCAUUCUAUCUGGGUCAAAUAUUUAAGUCCUCAUCAGAAGCAAAGGACUACAUUAAAAUGCAUUCAAUUCGAACUAGGAGAAACAUUUAUUUUGCAAAAAAUGAUAAACAAAGAAUUCGGGCAAAAUGCAGGGGUGUGGUCCCAGAAAUGACAGGUGGGCCAUGGACAAAAAGUAGAAUCAAAUGCAAGGACAAAACAGUAAGUUCACAAAAAGCAACAUGCCCUUGGGUGGUAUUAAUUUCUAGAUCUGAUGAAGAAAGCGAUUGGAUGGUGAAAACUUUGGUUCAUGAGCAUAGAUGUGUGCAGUCAAGAUCUAUUAAAGCGUGUACUUCUAAGUUUCUUGCAACCACCAUUCUUCAACAAGUGGAAGGAAACCCAACUAUCCCAGUCAAAGCUUUGCGUGUAGAGUUACAAAAGACAUACGAGGUGGGAUGUCAAGAAUGA